CGCCGAUCCUGGCCUGCUAUUGGUCCAAAGUUCCCCGCGAAAAUAACGUCACUGGCAGUUUCGCGCCAGAUCUGCAGCAUCUCGUACGUACACACAAGAGGAGAUAUCUCGGCAACAAUGUCUUCCCCAACAUCAACUCCCGGUGGCCGCAAACGAGGACGGAGCUCCAACCCGGCCACCCCCAGCAGCGAGGGCCCCACAUCACCUCCCUCUCAGCGCCGCAAAGGCCAGGACUCCUCCGCCGGGGACCUGAUGCCGAUGCCCACCUCCCCGGCCACCGACAUGCUCAGUCCAGCAGCACCUCAGGACACUUCUCUGUUCUCCAGCCCUCGUCCCUCAGUCCCACCCAAUGAAGUGGACAUGAGCUCCCCUCUGAUGUACGGGACACCAAGCUCCAGGGUUGAAGGGACCCCACGCAGUGGAGUGCGGGGCACCCCGGCCAGACAGCGUCCUGAUCUGGGGUCAGUCAGGAAGGCACCACAAGUCGAUCUUCAGUCUGAGCCGCCAAGUACUGACGGCGCUGUAGCCAGCGAGCCGAAUGCAGGCCAGAGACUGGUGAUCUGGGGGACUGAUGUCAACGUUGGGACCUGCAAGGAGAAGUUUCAGAGGUUCCUGCAGAGAUUCAUCGACCCGACCUCUAAAGAAGAUGAGAACGCCGGUCUGGACCUGAACGAGCCUUUAUACAUGCAGAAGCUGGAAGAGAUCAGUGUCGUCGGCGAUCCGGUGCUGAGUGUGAAUUGUCUGCAUGUGCAGUCCUUUGAUGCAGAACUUUACAGGCAGCUCAUCUGCUACCCACAGGAAGUCAUCCCAACCUUCGACAUGGCAGUCAACGAGCUUUUCUUUGAGCGUUUCCCAGACUCCAUCCUGGAGUACCAGAUCCAAGUCCGCCCCUACAACGCCCUGAAAACCAGAAACAUGAGGAGCCUGAACCCAGAAGACAUCGAUCAGCUGAUCACCAUCAGCGGCAUGGUGAUCCGCACCUCGCAGCUCAUCCCCGAGAUGCAGGAGGCUUUCUUCCAGUGCCAGGUGUGCGCUUACAGCACCCGUGUGGAGGUGGAUCGCGGGCGCAUCGCUGAGCCGGCUGUGUGUCGCCACUGCAACACCACCCACAGCCUGGCGCUCGUUCACAAUCGCUCAGUCUUUUCAGACAAACAGAUGAUCAAAAUUCAAGAGUCUCCAGAGGACAUGCCAGCUGGUCAGACGCCUCACACAACUGUUGUGUACGGUCACAAUGACCUGGUUGAUAAAGUGCAGCCAGGAGACCGCAUAAACAUCACCGGUAUCUACAGAGCGGUCCCCAUGCGCGUGAGCCCCAUCCAGAGCAGCGUGAAGUCCGUGUACAAGACUCACAUCGACGCCAUCCACUUCCGUAAAACCGACGAGAAGCGCCUGCACGGUUUGGACGAGGACGCCGAACAGAAGCUCUUCACCGAAGACCGCGUGCAGACUCUGAAGGAACUGGCAGCCAAACCAGACGUCUACGAACGCCUCUCCUCCGCCCUCGCACCGAGCAUCUACGAGCAUGAGGACAUCAAAAAGGGCAUUUUGCUGCAGCUCUUUGGCGGCAGUCGUAAAGACUUCAGUCAGACCGGCCGAGGCAACUUCCGCGCCGAGGUGAACAUCCUGCUCUGCGGAGACCCUGGCACCAGUAAGUCCCAGCUGCUGCAGUACGUCUUCAACCUGGUGCCCCGCGGCCAGUACACGUCGGGAAAGGGCUCCAGCGCCGUGGGUCUCACCGCCUACGUGAUGAAGGACCCGGAGACCAGGCAGCUGGUCCUGCAGACCGGAGCUCUGGUGCUCAGCGACAACGGCAUAUGCUGCAUCGACGAGUUCGACAAGAUGAGCGACAGCACGCGCUCCGUGCUGCACGAGGUCAUGGAGCAGCAGACUCUCUCCAUCGCCAAGGCCGGGAUCAUCUGCCAGUUGAACGCCCGUACCGCCGUGUUGGCUGCUGCUAACCCUAUUGAAUCUCAGUGGAACCCCAAAAAGACCACGAUUGAGAACAUUCAGCUGCCUCACACACUGCUAUCCAGAUUCGACCUCAUCUUCCUGAUGCUGGAUCCUCAAGACGAGGCUUACGACCGCAGGCUGGCCCACCACCUGGUGUCGCUGUACUACCAGAGCGAGGAGCAGAUGGAGGAAGAGUUCCUCGACAUGGCUGUGCUGAGGGACUACAUUGCAUAUGCACGAACAUACAUCAAUCCAAGGCUGAGCGAGGAAGCCAGCCAGGCUCUCAUUGAGGCUUACGUGGACAUGAGGAAGAUCGGCAGCGGUCGGGGGAUGGUGUCCGCCUACCCCAGACAGCUGGAGUCCCUGAUCCGCUUGGCAGAGGCCCACGCCAAGGUGCGCUUCUCCGAGAAGGUGGAAACCAUCGACGUGGAGGAGGCCAAGCGGCUGCACAGAGAGGCCCUCAAACAGUCGGCCACUGACCCCAGAACAGGAUUUGUUGACAUCUCUAUUCUCACGACAGGUAUGAGCGCCACCGCCCGCAAGCGCAAGGAAGAGGUCGCCCAAGCCCUGAAGAAACUGAUCCAGGCCAAAGGAAAGACGCCUGCCAUGAAAUACCAGCAGCUGCUCGAUGACCUUAGAGGACAGUCUGAAACUGCGAUCACCAGGGAGCUGUUUGACGAGGCGCUCCGAGCGCUGGCCGACGAGGAUUACUUGACAGUCACUGGAAAGACUGUUCGUCUCCUCGCCUAAGGCACACCCUGCAAUUAUGUACAGUCCUUUUUAAUUUUAAACCCUCUCCCAUGGCGACUUCUUUCUCUCGUGCUGUAAAAUAUUUUCUGUAUAAUUGAACCACCAUAUGUUUUCCGGCUAUAUUAGAUGUUUGAAUAUCCUUUUUUUUUUUUUUUGGAUUUCGAUGAUUCAGAAAAACCACAUGACUCAUUCGAACCUUUAAUGUCCUGUGGUGCUAAAAAAAAAGAUAAACAAAAGGUAUAUUAAUAGAGCUAAUAUUUAAAGUACUUCAUUUGUUUACCUGUUUUUGAAGUAAUGCUCUUCCUGUUUUUCUGCUCUGUUGUGGUAAAAAGCUCUUUUCUUUUGACUUGUACAUUGUAAUCACUGAGUCAUGUCAGUGACAAAUUAUUUCCAGUGUUGAAUUGUCCUUGUAGUUUGAAUUUACGACUUGUUAAUAGAGAAAAAAAUAAAAUGUUGCUCACUGAAAACGCU